AUGAGUGCAGUACUAUUCAAGAGACUAGUUUUCCAAGUUGGCGACAGUGCUAAUGAAAGAACCUUCACAUUAUCCUCUGUUUCUAAGAAUGGGCAUUUUAUUUCGUUAAGACCAUUCACCAAACCAACUGAAGAUGAAAAGAAGUUUCCACUAGAAUGGGUGUUUGCAGGUACCAAUGAUAGAGUCAAAGUAACUCCUACAACCAAUGCCGAUGGUAAGCCAGUUCUGCAACAAGAUUUUGACAUGGGUUUUGAUACAAAUGUGUAUUUGAAUGUUGAAAAUACACAUCGUGGUGUUAUCAAUACUUUCUGGCAAAAUUGGGAAUCUGGUUGUGUUGAGGAGACUGGUAAGGUUUUCCCAUUUGGGAAUGAUAAAGAAGGCAUCCCAUUCAUGGAGCUAUGGCAACCGAUUGAUCCUAAUUCGAAGGAUCUUGUUAUUUUAGAUGCUGGUGAUGGCAGGAAAAUUGAUGGACCAGUUAGAUCUACUGUUUUGAAAGUAGUUGAUGGCCAAGAUUUCGAAGGUUUGAUGAUAAUUGUUGGUGAAUGGGCACAAGGUUAUCUUGCUGAUAAGAACAAGUCAAGUGUUGACGGUUUAAGCUUUGUUAGAUACCAUGUUUCCAAUGAAAAAUUAUCAUCUGGUCUUUUCGAAUACGGUUCUCAAUUAUCUAAGUUCCCUACCGACUUUUCUAAUGUCAAGGAGGGAUCUCUAUUGACUAUAGAUGGUCUAAAAUGGGAAGUGAUUGAAAACUAA